UGCCGCACCUCGGGCGCCCCCGGGGGUCUCCGAGAGUGACCGGUGGCCUAUGGCGCGCCGUCACUGCCCCUGGGCCGAGGAGACAACAUGCAUCCGAGGGCAUCUACCUAGUUCAGAAGAAACCACGUUUCACGCCGUGUCCACGGCGCCAGUUUCCCUCCCGGUGCAAGGAAGCGCUCUGUGAGGACGGUAUCGGAGCGAGACUCAUUGUGCUUUUCUGGGACUGGGGCCGGAGGGCCUGCCGCAUCCGGAUGGCCUGCGGCGAUUGCAGUUGAGCUUCUGCGAGCUGCUGGCAUCUGGGGACUCGCUGGACUAGCGCAGCGGGCAUCGGAGCUUCAGUCCGGGAUCCGCAGGUUCACUUGGCAAGAUGGGGAUACAAGGAUUACUGCAGUUUCUCAAAGACGCCUCCGAGCCGAUCCACGUGAGGAAGUACAAGGGGCAGGUGGUGGCCGUGGAUACGUAUUGCUGGCUUCACAAAGGUGCUAUUGCUUGUGCUGAAAAACUAGCCAAAGGCGAACCUACCGAUAAGCGACGACAAGCCAACCUCCUUAAGGGCAAGCAGCUUCUUCGCGAGGGGAAGGUCCCGGAGGCCAGAGAAUGCUUCACCCGCUGCGUCAACGUCACACAUGCGAUGGCCCACAACGUCAUUAAAGCUGCUCGGGCUCAGGGGGUCGACUGUCUCGUGGCGCCGUACGAAGCAGACGCACAGCUGGCCUAUCUGAACAAAGCUGGGAUUGUACAGGCCAUCGUCACGGAGGACUCGGAUCUCCUCGCUUUCGGCUGUAAAAAGGUGAUUUUAAAAAUGGACCAGUUUGGAAAUGGACUGGAAAUUGACCAGGCUCGGCUGGGCAUGUGCAAACAGCUUGGGGAUGUGUUCACAGAGGAGAAGUUUCGGUACAUGUGCAUCCUUUCGGGCUGUGACUAUCUCUCAUCGCUGCGCGGGAUUGGGUUAGCAAAGGCCUGCAAAGUGCUGAGGCUAGCCAAUAACCCAGACAUUGUAAAGGUUAUCAAGAAACUUGGACAUUACCUCAAGAUGAACAUAACAGUGCCAGAGGACUACAUCAAAGGCUUUAUUCGGGCCAACAACACCUUCCUCUACCAGCUGGUGUUCGAUCCCAUCAGAAGGAAGCUCGUCCCUCUGAAUGACUACGGAGAUGACAUCGACCCUGCAGCGCUGAGCUAUGCUGGGCGGUAUAUUGAUGACUCGAUAGCUCUUCAAAUAGCACUUGGAAAUAAAGAUAUAAAUACUUUUGAACAGAUCGAUGACUACAAUCCAGACACUGCUACGCCUGCCCUGUCGAGAAGUCGUAGCUGGGAUGACAGUACAUCUCAAAAGCCGUCUGGUGUCCAUAGCAUUUGGCAUAGGAACUACUGCCCUAGACCUGAGCUGGCCCCUGUUCCAGGAGCUACAAGACUGAAGGCGAACCCAAGCACUGCAGGCAGGGAGCAGGUGGUCAGCACCAAAGGGCUGAACCUGCCAAGGAAGCUGUCCAUUGUCAAACGGCCGAGAGGCGAGGAGCUGUCAGAAGAUGAUCUGUUGAGUCAGUAUUCUCUUUCAUUUACAAAGAAGACCAAGAAAGACGGCUGUGAAGGUAGUACAUCCUUGAACUCUUCCAAAAUACUGAUGCCUGACCUGGUGGAUGGAACUACUAUUAAAAAAACCUUAAGCACACCACCUACGACAAGAAAUAAAUUUGCAGCAUUUUUGCAGAGAAAAAAUCAAGAAAGUGGUGCCGUUGUGGUUCCUGGGACCAGAAGCAGGUUUUUUUGCAAUUCUCUGGAUUCUAUGGACUGUGUAUCAAAGAAAGCAAGCCCCCAACCUCUAGAUGAAACUGCUGACACAGAUAAAAAGACCAAUCUCAAUGAAUCAGAUUGUCUAGAUGAUAAGAAGGUGGUCGAUCUCAAUGGAUCAGAUUGUCUAGAUGAUAAGAAGGUGGUCGAUCUCAAUGAAUCAGAUUGUCUAGAUGAUAAGAAGGUGGUCGAUCUCAAUGGAUCAGAUUGUCUAGAUGAUAAGAAGGUGGUCGAUCUCAAUGGAUCAGAUUGUCUAGAGGGCAAGAAGCUGGUUGAUCUCAAUGAAUCAGAUUGUCUGGAGAGCAAGAAGCUGGUUGAUCUCAAUGAAUCAGAUUGUCUAGAGGGCAAGAAGCUGAUUGAUCUAAAUCAAUCAGAUUGUCUGGAGAGCAAGAUGCUGGGUGAACUAAGUGAACCAGAUUGUCUGGAAAACAAGAAGCUGGUUGAUCUAAAUGAAUCAGAUUGUCUGGAGAGCAAGAAGCUGGUUGAGAGGAGUGUCGCACACACUCCGAGUGGUCAGACUCCAGAUGGCGCAACGGUGAUUGCUGAUGAAGAGUCUCCGUCUUUUAAGACCAUCGGAUUCACAAAGACCAUUUCCCCACCCGCUCUGGGGACACUAAGAAGCUGUUUUAGCUGGUCUGGAAGCCUUGGCGAUUUUUCAAGAACUCCGAGCACAGCAUUGCACCAGUUCCGGAGAAAGGGGGGCUCGCCCAGCUCUCUGCCUGGGAGCACGGUGUCCGAUGCGUCUCAGGUCAAGAGCGAUGCGUCGGGUGAUGAAGCGCCUCCUGUACAUGAACUGAGUUGGUCCUCGCAGUCUCAGGAGGUCGCGGAAUGGUCCCCACGCAGCUCAAGUGCAUCAGCACUUCCUCAGCCUUCCAGGAAGGACUGCAGUCCAGAGGAAUCUGAUUGCAAUUUUAAGUCACUUGCUAAUCAAGGUAAUCAGAAACCCAAGCUACAUGUAUCUCACUUUUCAAAAAAAGACACGCUUCUAAGAAACAAGGUGCCUGGGCUGUAUAGAUCUAGCUCUCUGGACAGUCUCUCUACAACCAAGAUCAGAGCGCUGGUGCCUGCGAGAGCCAGUGGGCUGAGCAAGGGGCCAGCGAGAGGCCAGAAGAGGAAACAUCACAACGCCGAGAACAAGCCGGGGCUGCAGACGAAGAUCAACGAGCUCUGGAAAAACUUCGGGUUUAAAAAAGAUUCUGAAAAGCUCCCUUCCUGUAAGAAGCCAGAUCCCCUGUCUCCAGUCAAGGAUAAUAUCCAACUCACUCCAGAAACGGACGAGGACGUCUUCCACAAGCCGGAAAGCGCGCGUGUGCAGAGAGCCAUAUUCCCGUGACCGGUGGCUGGGGCCCCGAGCCUUCCCGCCCGUGAAGUCCUCUUGGCUGGGCGGCCGGUACCAGUCUGAGAUUUGUUCUUAGAGCUACGCCACGUUGUUUUAAUAGACUACAUGAACUAUGA